AUGAGAGUGCUCUGGCUGGCCGCAGCUGCCCUGCUUUCCUCGGCAACAGCAUACAAGACCAACCAGUACCAAUCCGACUUCUCCAAUUCACUCGCCUCGUCAACGCCCUUCUCAAUUUACGGAGACCGACCAGACGAUUGCCCGCCAUGCUUCAACUGCAACCUUGACGGCUUCCAAUGCCACCAAUACGCCAACUGCACGAAAUCCAGUGGCAAGUGUUCCUGCCCUUCAGGCUUCGGUGGUGAGGACUGCUCUCAGCCGCUAUGUGGUUCACUGGCAGAAGGCCACAACAGACUGCCUCGUCAAGGCCACGACUGUGAGUGCAACGAUGGUUGGGAGGGUAUAAACUGCAAUGUCUGCAAGACAAACGAAGCUUGUAACGCCAUGAUGCCCGAGGGCAAUGGUGGCGUCUGUUAUCGCGAGGGUCUGGUCGUCAAUGAGAACUACCAGAUCUGCGACAUUACGAACCGCAAGAUUCUCGACACACUCAAGGAGAAGAAGCCUCAAGCCACUUUUUCCUGCAAUGCUGAGCGCGCAGAGUGUAACUUCCAGUUCUGGGUCGACCAGGUAGAAUCCUUCUAUUGCGCCCUCGAUACGUGUACCUGGUCCUCCAAAGCCGAACCCAAUCGCAACUCGACGUCGUACCAUUGCGAGAACAUCAAGUGUCGCUGCAUCCCAGGACGUAUGCUUUGUGGCGAAGCCGACUCUAUCGAUAUUGGAGACUUCCUGGAUGAAGAGAUCAAGGGUCCUGCUAGUUUCUCGUCUGUCUCGACUGAGGGUGGCAGCGCAUCGGAUGGAAGCAAAUUUCAGGAACCUGCCAUGAACGACCUCAUCUCGAGCGUCUUUGGAGACGACAGCAUCACCCUCAAGUGUCAUUCUGGAGAGUGUCUGUAUGUUACCGACGUCCCUGGUUACGAGAGACCUGUCAAGAAGAUCAACACACCACUCAUUGCUGGUGUCAUUGCUGGCUGUGCGCUGUUUGUCGUCGCUGUCAUUUUGAUUGUCUGGUUCCUCUCGCGCAGAAAGACAAAGUAUGGUCCUAUUCACCUCUCCGAUGACGAGGACGACUUGAACGCCACUCUUCUUGCCGACCACAAACCCGCCAGUCUCUACUUCGAGAACGUCUCGUAUGCCCUCAAGGGCAAGCAGAUUCUCACCGACAUCCAAGGUGCCGUUCAUCCUGGUCAGCUUAUGGCCAUCAUGGGUGCAUCUGGUGCUGGCAAAACCACCUUCUUGGAUAUCCUGGCAAGGAAGAACAAGCGCGGUACUGUUGUUGGAAACUUCCUGAUCAAUGGAGAAAAGAUCCCCGACAACGAGUUCAGAAGUGUCAUUGGCUUUGUUGAUCAGGACGACACCAUGCUGCCAACCUUGACUGUACACGAGACCAUCGUCGACAGUGCCAUGCUCCGCCUGCCCAAGGAGAUGAGCUACGCUUCCAAGCUGCAAAAGGUCGAAGACGUUGAAAGACAGCUUGGCAUCUAUCACAUUCGCGACCAACUUAUCGGUUCAGAAGAAGGCAACGGACGUGGUAUCUCCGGUGGUGAGAAACGCAGAGUCGGCAUUGCCUGUGAGCUUGUCACAAGUCCCAGCAUCCUUUUCCUUGACGAGCCUACAAGCGGCCUCGAUGCGUUCAACGCCUUCAAUGUCGUUGAAUGUCUUGUCAACCUCGUCAAGACAUAUAACCGAACCGUCGUUUUCACCAUCCAUCAGCCCCGCUCCAACAUCGUUGCACUUUUCGAUCAACUAGUCCUUCUUGCCAAGGGCAGAACCGUUUACUCUGGCCCAUUCGGCAAUUGUCAAGCUUACUUUGACAACAUUGGCUACUCUUGUCCUCCUGGUUUUAACAUUGCAGAUUACCUUGUCGACUUGACAAUGCACGCUAGCACUGUCCACCCUCAAAUCCCCGAAGACAGCUCUAUCUUCCGUCAGCCCAUUGGACGCAGCACCCGUGCAAGCAGCGCGGUUGCCGUCAAGUCUGUCCCGAGCGUCUCCAACUUCAGUGUCGAGCAAGGAGGUUCCAUCACAUCAGACUCUCCGCUCAGACCCAAGAACAGCCGUACUGCAUCAAUCAAACAGCAACAGGAUAGAGCACUUUUUACUAGAAAGCAAUCGUCACGGGAGCCGCCCGCAACUGCAAGCACCAUUCGCUCCGACGCUUCUUCUCUGGAAAACAGCUUCGAGAACACUCAGCAAUGGCUCAAGAUGAGAGGAGUUCAACAAGCUCACGAUGAUCCUAAUGGUCUUCCUCCUGAUGCCGAAGGAGUCACCAACACAGAUCUUGACAACCUCGUCCAAGCCUUCGCCGAUUCUGAUGUCGCAGCUUCCAUCCGGGAUGAUAUUCACAACGCCAUGUCUGAAGCAGCUCAGUCGCAUGGUCAAGCUAAUGGUGCGGCUAAUGGCGGUCCUGUUCAGUCUACUGUCAAGGGCUAUCGCAAGACUGGUAUUCUCGGCCAAUUCGUCAUUCUGUCCAAGCGUACCUGGCGCAACUUGUACAGAAACCCCCUGCUCAUGCUCACACACUAUGCUAUUGCUAUUUUGCUUGCUGUCUUCCUCGGCUUCCUCUUCUAUGGUCUCACCGAUGACCUGAAAGGCUUCCAGAAUCGUCUCGGAUUCUUCUUCUUCCUGCUCGCUUUGUUCGCAUUCAGCACUCUGACUUCUUUGACCGUCUUUGCUCCAGAACGUCUCUUGUUCGUCAGAGAGCGUGCCAAGGGAUACUAUUCUCCCCUGGCCUACUACGCAUCAAAAGUCGUUUUCGAUAUCGUUCCUCUCAGACUCAUUCCUCCUGUCAUCAUGGCAGUAAUUGUCUACCCCAUGACUGGUCUUCUACCUACGGCCGCUGAAUUCUGGAAAUUCAUGCUAUUCGUUGUUCUCUUCAACCUUGCUGCGGCUACAGUAUGCUUGUGCAUUGGCAUCGUCAUCAAGAACCAAGGUGUCGCAAACCUGGUUGGUGUUCUUGUCAUGCUGUUCAGCUUGCUUUUUGGCGGCUUCUUGCUCAAUCACGAAACUAUUCCCAAGGGUCUUCGUUGGUUGCAAUCCAUUUCCAUCUUCCACUACGGAUUCGAAGGCUUGAUCGUCAAUGAGGUUCGCUAUCUUUCGCUCAUUGACCACAAGUAUGGUCUUGACAUUGAGGUACCUGGUUCGGCUAUUCUCAGCUCUUUCGGCUUCAACGUUCUUGCACUCUGGAAUGAUGCCAUCGGUCUUGCCGUCUUCUGUGGUGUAUUCUUGGUGUUGGGAUAUGUGGCAAUGCAUUUCUUGCUCGUAGAGAGAAGGUAG